ACCAACGCGUGUCUGCAGUUUUCUGUCAUAAUGCGUCGGCCAUAGUCACAAGUUUGAGCAAAUACUUGGCUUGAGUAAAACGGCACAGGCAACUUGAUGCAUGGAAUGAAUUUACUUGGAUUCUUUGUUGCGGCCGUGCAAAUACACAGCGUGACGCUUGUCAUUCACACGCUCAAUUAUUUCACGACGAUCUCUCAAGUUGCAAAGCUACCAGAGUUCUUGGAGGCUGCGUAUGUUGAUGGCGUUCAGAUUCUGCAGUUUGACAGCAACCACAGGGAAACGAAAGCCAAACAUGACUGGGUGAACAAAAUCACAGAAGAUGAUCCGCGCUUCUGGGAGACAGAGACAGCGAUCGAUCUUAUGAAUGAGCAGGUCAUGAAACGCAACAUUGAAACCGCUAAAAAGCGCUUCAACCAAACUGGAGGUGUUCACAUGAUUCAGGUGAUAAAAGGCUGUAAAUGGGACGAUGAGACGGAAGAGGUUAAUGGUUGGGAGCACUACCAAUACGAUGGAGAAGACUUCCUAUCAUUUGAGGCGAAUACGAUGACAUGGAUCGCAGCACAUCCACAAGCUUUCAUCACCAAAAUCAAGUUGGACCAAAUUGACGGGCUUAAUAAAGUCAAGAAGAUUACCCACAGGGAGGUGUGUCCUGAGCUGUUAAAGACACAUUUGAGAAACGGGAGGGACUUCCUGACGAGAACCGAACUUCCCACGGUGUCUCUCCUGCAGAAGACUCCUUCCUCUCCGGUCACCUGCCACGCCACGGGUUUCUACCCCAGGACAUCGUCCCUCUUUUGGAGGAAGAACGGCGAGGAGAUCCACGAGGACGUGGAGAUGGGGGCAACCCUCCCCAACCACGACGGAACCUUCCAGACCUCGGCCCACCUGAACGUGGAGGUGACGCUCGCCGCGGAGCAGGAGUACGAAUGCGUGUUCCAGUUGGACGGCGUCCCGGAAGACAUCAUCAUCAAGCUGGAUGCCGGAAGCAUCCUGAGCAACAUCCAGGGUGAGCGUUUUUGUGACUCGGACACAUCCCAUUGGCUGUGGGGCUCUCGCGAGCGCUAA